AUGGAGCUUGUAAAUCGGGACGCUUCUCUUAAGGUGAAGGUUAUCAUCGCUCAUGUUGUUGAGAAAUACAGGUAUAUCAUAUCAUACAAAAAGACAUGGAUUGAAAAGUGUAAGGCAAUUGAGUCGCUGUAUGGAAAUUGGGAGACAUCUUACAACGAUCUUCCGCAGUGGAUACUGGUAAUGAAAACAUAUCUACCAGGCACCAUUAUAGAAUUACAAUCCUUACCUGUGAUUUCAAAUGAUGGUUCAUACUUGGGUGACCAAAGGAUAUUUCAUCGUCUGUUUUGGGCGUUUAGACCAUGUAUACGUGGUUUCGCAUAUUGUAAACCAAUUGUGCAGGUUGAUGGAACUUGGUUGUAUGGCAAGUACAGAGGGACUUUGUUGAUGGCUGUGGCACAGGAUGGGAAUGGGAACAUAUUUCCGAUAACGUUCGCAUUGGUUGAAAGUGAGACAAAGGAAGCCUGGAGUUUCUUUCUUAAGAAUUUGAGAAUGCACGUUACCCUCCAAGCAAAUCUAUGCCUAAUAUCAGACAGGCAUGAAUCGAUAAAGAGUGCAUACAACAACCCAGAAAAUGGAUGGCAGUUUCCUCCUUCAUCACACGUCUAUUGCAUUAGACAUAUCGCGCAAAACUUCAUGCGCGAGAUUAAAAACAAGGAUCUGCGGAAAAUAGUUGUUAACACGGGUUAUGCGUUAACAGAGGCAACAUUUAACUACUAUCGGGGGGAAAUCCGAAGAACAAACAACGAUGCUUUAUCAUGGAUAGACAACAUCCCUCGGGAGAAGUGGGCAAGGGCAUUUGACGGAGGGCAACGUUGGGGUCACAUGACAACUAACCUAGCAGAAGCAAUGAACUCGGUGCUAAAAGAAACCUGA